GCGCGUUGCUGCCCCGAGGCCGGGUGUCGAGGCCGGAGGACAUGGUAACCGGUUCCGAGCUCGUUUGUGCCAGAAUACUCGCUGCGUUUGAUGCUGCUCGUACGCUGAGUGGCUGCGCCGAAAUUUUAACCCAGCCUGGAGCCGCCCGCGGGGAUAAAUUGCGCGCGCUCGACGCUGACCCGCACUCGAACGCUGGGACCCGCCAGGCUGUCCUCUGUGCACCCACACCCCGCACCCCCGUCCCCCGCGAUAGUCUGUGCGGAGGAAGAAGCCCAAGGUAGCUUGGCCAUUUAUGGGCAGAGCCGGGGCUGGAACCGGGACACCGCUCAGUGGAGCCUGAGUCCUCGCAAUUCCCACACUGACACUAGUAACGGAAACCACGUUAGGAAAUAAUCCGUACAAUGGAAUGCUGUGCAGCCGUUAAAACGAAAAAUGUUCAAUAUGCACUGACAUGGAACGACUUCCAAAGAUACCUUAGAUUAAAAAAAAAAAAAAAAGGAGCAAAAGAGCCGCGUUGAUCGGCGCUACAGUUUGUGGAAAAGAACGUGUGUGAGAGUGUGCGCGUCUGCGGGUUUGCGCACCUCUGUCUGGUAACGUGCACAAGAAGUGGUUAACUGUGGUGGCCUCGGACAGGAGAACUGGAGUCCUGGGUACCCGGGCAAGGGGGGAGAAUUUAUUUCUUAAAUAAGAUGAUGAAGAUGUAAGGGCUCGGAUCCGUCAAGACUUGAGCCAAUGCCUGGGUUCAGCCCUCCUGCUGGAAGGUCUGAUUUCCCCCUGUCGUUAGAGGACGGAAUAAGGCUCAGAGAUUAGGGAUUUUAGUGAUAUCUCAUGGCCAGGAAGGGGAGAAGCUGGAAUUUGAGCCCUGGACGGUUUUACACCAAUGGCCAGGGUCUCCUUAUCCCACCUCCCACUGAGAAGCUUUUUUUUUUAUCAACCACAUGACACCCAGCGUGGGGUCUGGCACACAGGCUAAUCCAAGUUUACUGUUGAUUGGCUGUUUACUGACUGAACAGGUCGAACAGACCAGAGACAACGUGAUGUGUAGAAUGAAGAGAGGAACACUAGAGGCAAGAGCCCAGACUAGAGUCCAAGGUUUGCCCCUUUCCAGCCUGGAGACUGUGAACCUGGCACAUGCCUCCCUGAGCCUCCAUGUCCCCACCUAUGGAACUAACAAGCAGGACCACAACGGCCACGGGUGCCCCCCUCCGUCCUACUUUGGGCUUUACAUGCAGAUGAGCCCCAUUUUACGGAUCAGUAAGUGAAGCACAGAGAAAUUAAGGUAGUUGCCCAAAGGAGGUCCCCGCAGGGCCUGACUCCCCCACUACCUGAGAGAGAUUGCUGGGCUCCUGGGUCUCCCUCCGCCUCCAGGGAUCAUCCGCACUAAUGCUUUGGGAGACCUCCAGUCCUAGUUGAGCUGCCAGAGGCUGAGGAUCUGGUAGAGAACAGGACAGACACACAGUUCCUGUCCUUGAAGUCUAGUGAGGGUGACAGACAAUCCAGCGGUUAGCAUCUCUGAUGAGCUCUGUGGUGGGCAGAAGCUCAGACCUUGGGAGCACAAUGGCAGGAGCAUCUGGCUCAGCCCGGGUGGCGUCAGAGAGGGCUUCUCAAAGUAGGUAACUUUUAAUCUGUGUCUGAAAAACGUGUAGGAUACCUGGAAGGAGGAAUGAUGGCGCUGGAGACCCAUGCAGAGGUGUGCUCAUACCUGAAGGUAACUGACAUGAUCAGAGACCACGCAGAUACGCAGACGUGGGGCCACAUCCCACUCCCAGAUUGCGCUGCCAGCUCCUUGGAAAAAUGAGCAAAUGCUCAUGCUACUUCCUCAUUCCUGGACGAUGGUGUAAGCUUUGGAUUUGCUGCUGAGGCCCUUCUGUGCUUUUCUGGGACUUUGACUUCGGCCUGUCAGGGAUUGGUCACUGUGCAUGCCAUUCAGUUCACACAAAGACACCAAAGCUCGGAGUUAUGUUGCCUCCUGCCUCCCAGUGAUAAACCCAUGCGACAGGCUACAAAAAUGGAUCAUCGGAAGAGGGAAUUGGCCAACAACGACGAAAGUGCUGCAAAGAAAUGCACAGAGCGAUAAGACAGAGUGGGAAAUUUGCAUGGGACGUAAGUGGAGUGUUGAAAGAAAGCACUGGCUGUGGGAAUGUGGACAGAGCAAUCCUUUGCUGUUCCAGAAACUCCAGCUACGCAACCAGAGAAACUUAGUGAAGGCAGAUUGACGAACAUACAUGACGCACGUAGUUCUAACCAAAUGGAUGAAGGUGUCCCAGAGGAAGGGAUGCCAAGCAAAGAGGUCACAUCAAAGGAACGCCCAGAUAUAUUUCACAACAGUGAAAGCACAAGGGAUGAAGGGUUUGAAGUUGAUGUAAACUCAGAAAGAAGGAUGUUAACUCAUCAAUGCUGAGAAAAGAUGCUCGUUCCAUAUCCUAAGUUAUGCGACUAGAAGGAAGCAAGCAAUCACUGUUCACGCUACUCUGGAUAAUUUCCCCCCAGAUUUAUUGAGUUAUAAUCGUCAUACAUUUACAGUUUACAACGUGUUGAGGGAGCACCUGGGUGGCUCAGUCGGUGAAGCAUCCAACUCUUGGUUUCAGCUCAGGUCAUGAUCUCAGGGCCAUGAGAUCGAACCCCGAGGUGGGUUCGCGCCGGGCCUGGAGGCUGCUUAAGAUUCUCUCUCCCUCUGCCUCUCCCCUCCCUCUCUAAAAAAAAGAAUUUUAAGGUAAAGUGCACAACGUGAUGAUUUGAUAUGUGUAGACAUUGGGAAGUGACUCCCACCAUCAAGUUAAUUAACAUACCCAUCACCUUACAGAGUACCUUCUGUGUGUGUGAGAACGUUUAAGAUCUACUCUCCUAGCAAAUUUAUUUUUUUUUAAGAUUUUAUUUAUUUAUUUAUUUGACAGAGAGAGAGAGACAGCAAGAGAGGGAACACAAGCAGGGGGAGUGGGAGAAGGAGAAGCAGGCUUCCCGCUGAGCAAGGAGCCUAAUGCAGGGCUCGAUCCCAGGACCCUGGGACCAUGACCUGAGCUGAAGACAGAUGCUUAAAGACUGAGCCACUCAGGCGCCCUCUCCUAGCAAAUUUAAAUUCUACAAUACGAGCUGUGUGUGGGGGACCCACGCCCUGGCCUCGGAGCCAUUUUUUGGCCAGAGCGUUCUCCUCCCUCUCCUCUGCCCUGGAGGAGAAGUCACCAGUGUCCCAAGGCUCUGGGAGGCAUGUUCAGGAAUGUGACAGCCAUCCAUUUGCACCUGGCCGGGGUCUUCCAGAGAAAGAAGGCUGGAACUUCUCUCGCUCGGUGCCUGCACCAGACUUUCGCCAUGGCCAAGCGGCUGCCGGCUCGCAGGCUGGACGGGAUUGAUCACAACCCAUGGGUGGAGUUUGGCAAAAUGGCCAGUGAAUAUGAUGUCGUGAACUUGGGCCAAGGCUUCCCUGACUUCCCACCCCCAGACUUCGCAGUUCAAGCCUUUCAGAACGCCCUCAGCAGUGACUUCAUGCUCAACCAGUACACCAAGGCAUUUGGUUACCCACCCCUGACAAAGAUCCUGGCAAGUUUCUUUGGGAAGCUGCUGGAACAGGAGAUAGACCCACUCAAGAACGUGCUGGUGACUGUGGGUGCCUAUGGGGCCCUGUUCACAGCCUUCCAGGCCCUGGUGGACGAAGGAGAUGAGGUCAUCAUCAUAGAGCCCUUUUUUGACUGUUAUGAGCCCAUGACAUUGAUGGCAGGGGGUCGCCCUGUGUUUGUGACCCUGAAGCCGAGCCCUACCCAGGAUGGGGAACUGGAUUCUGCCAGCAACUGGCAGCUGGACCCUGCAGAGCUGGCCAGCAAGUUUACCUCUCGUACCAAAGCCCUAAUCCUCAACACACCCAACAACCCUGUGGGAAAGGUGUUCUCCAAGGCAGAACUGGAGCUGGUGGCCAGCCUGUGCCAACAGCAUGACGUGAUCUGCAUCAGUGACGAGGUCUACCAGUGGCUGGUCUAUGACGGGCACCAGCACGUCAGCGUCGCCAGCCUCCCGGGCAUGUGGGAACGCACCGUGACCAUCGGCAGCGCUGGCAAGAGCUUCAGCGCCACUGGCUGGAAGGUGGGCUGGGCCCUGGGCCCGGACAGUCUCAUGAAGCACCUGCGCACCGUGCACCAGAACACAGUCUAUCACUGUCCCACGCAGGGUCAGGCCGCGGUGGCACAGAGCUUCCAGCACGAGCAACUGCACUUUGGCCAACCCAGCAGCUACUUUGUGCAGCUUCCCCAAGCCAUGUGGCGCUACCGGGACCACAUGGUUCGCAGCCUGCAGUCUGUGGGCCUGAGGCCCGUGGUCCCCCAGGGCAGCUACUUCCUCAUCGCAGACAUCUCAGACUUCAAGAGCAAGAUGCCCGACUUGCCAGGCGAUGUGGACGAGCCCUACGACAGACGCUUCGUCAAGUGGAUGAUCAGGAACAAGGGCUUGGCGGCCAUCCCGGUCUCCGUCUUCUACAGCAGGCCACAUCAGAAGCACUUCGACCACUAUGUCCGCUUCUGUUUUGUGAAGGAUGAGUCCACGCUCCAGGCCAUGGACGAGAAGCUGCGGAAAUGGAAGGAUGAACUCAGGCCCUGACGCCGCCUGCUCAUCCCGGCCCCACCUGGUUGCUGCAUGUUCUUUGCCAGGGUGUCAGCCCUUCCCAGGCUGGGCGUAGACUGAGCUAGGGGCCCCCUUCUCUGUGACACAGGAUAUCCCCAGGGAAGAGCCCUCCUUCUUGGUCUUGGUGGAUUCAGAAGCGCUUCCCACAGUACCUAUAUUCCUGUCAUAGUGGUGAGGUGCACCUGACCUGGGCCUCUUCCUGCUCCUCCCUGGAUUGGGUCAUAGAGUCUUGGGUCCCCUCCGUAUUCUGUAGUUGAUGAACCGAUAUUAAUACAGUAUUAUUAACUAAAGUCCAUAGUUUACAUUAGGGUUCACUCUGUGUUGUACAUUCUACAGGUUUUGGCAAAGACAUAAUGUCAUGUAUCUACCAUUACAGUAUGGUAGACUUGUUUGGGACUCAAGGGACAGAGUCCAGCAGUGUACUGGCCUCGAGUCCCAGCCCUGCUCUGGUCCCAGCCUAGGCUCCCGCAUCCCGCCCUUUCUUUCUCUCCUUAGAUAACCUCGGGAAGUGGUCUUUAGGCUUGAGUCCUCAAGCCAGUACUUUUCACCCAUAAUAAAGCUUUAACUUAUUUA